UAUGGUCUAAUUGGAGUUUUAGAACCUCAUUUUAUAUGAUUCUAUCUUUGAGUUUAAUGGAGAUGAUAACCUGUUACUGAAAUUAAUGAACAAAGUAACGAUUGAACAUAAUUUUCUCAACUUCAAUACACCUUGCUCUCUAAUUUUGAGAACGUUUGUACUGAACACAUGAGAUUUCAGAGCGCAACAGAAAAUUACUAAUUUUAAUAAUAAAUCUAAUAACCUAUUAAUUUUAUCAACAAAUAUAUGACAUAUACAUCUUUUUCAAAUUUUUGUUGGUUGUUUUAAUGAAGUUGUUCUUUAAACAUUUCUAUUAUAGAAAAUCCAGACUACAUUGAAAUUAACUAAAAAAAAAAACAAAAUUAAAGCUUAUCAUAAUGUUGAAUAAUUGAUAAUAAAGUUAUGAGGUCAAAACAAUAAAGAUAUAUUAAACAAAACUGUAGUUACAUAGAGAAGUCAUGGUUCGUAAUAGUUUUUACUUACGAACGAACUUUCAGAUCUAUAAACAAAAAGUAGCUGAAAAGGUUGCUACAGCAGCGAAAAUAAGUAGUCCUCAUUUAAUGAAUGCUAUUAUAGCUAAUAUGAAAAUUGGUUAUAGAACUUCAGAACAAUGUAUAAGUUUUCGUUUACCCUCGAAUAUUUUAUAUAAUGAUAUGAACAAGUGCAAAACUUCAAUUAUCAAUGACAUAAAUGCAAAUGAAACUUUGAAUACUAUUCAAUUAAAUACUAAAAUGAUUGAAAUUAAUUUAAAUAAUAAUGAUUUUAUUAAUAAAGUAUUUAAAAGUGAUAUGGUUGAACAAAUUCCUCAUACUUAUUCAUUGAAUAGAUUACCUCAAAUUAUUGAAUUCAGCUCUCCCAAUAUUGCAAAACCAUUUCAUGUUGGUCAUUUUCGUUCAACAAUAAUUGGAAAUUUUUUAUCAAAUUUAUUUAAGUUUUUAAAUGGUAACAUUAUAAAACUGAAUUAUUUGGGUGAUUAUGGACCUCAAUUUGGUUAUAUACUUCUUGGAUUAGAAAAUCUUCAAAAAGAAAACCCCAAUUGUAAACUCACUAUAGAAACUCUUCAUAAGGCUUAUGUAUUAGCAAAUAAAUUGUCAGAAGAAGAUAAUGAUAUACACAGAAAAGCAAAAGCGAUAUUUAAUGAUUUGGAAUUUGGCAAUUCAACCUCUGAAGUUGCUGAACUUUGGAAUAAUUUUAGAUCAACUACUGUUAAAGAACUUGGCAUAACAUACAAAAGACUGGGUGUUGUAUUUGAUCAAUAUGAUUGGGAAUCAAAUUAUUCCAAAAUAAAAAUUUCUAAUAUCAUUGAAAAACUUGAAAAAAUGAAUAUACUGAAGUAUAAAAAUGAUGGCUCUGGUGUAAUAUAUUGCAAUAAUCAAGAGACUACUGUUUUGAAAAACGAUAAAUGUACUUUAUAUUUAUUACGAGAUAUUGCAGCUGCAGUUGAUCGUUUUAAAAGAUUUAAAUCUAAAAAUUUGUAUUAUGUGGUAGAUAAUACACAGAGUAAACAUUUUUAUCAAUUAAAAUCUAUUAUUAAUAAAAUUAAUCCACAAAUAAGUAUAAAUCAUGUUCCAUUUGGAAGAAUUCAUGGUAUGAGUUCGAGAAAAGGCAAAGGAGUAUUAAUGAACCAACUAUUAGAUGAAGCAAAAUCUAUUAUGAUUUUAAGGCGAGAAAAUUCUCAAACAACAAAAAAACAAGACCAGGAUGAAAACAAAAUAUCAGAUAUCUUGGGUAUCUCAGCAAUAAUAAUAAAUGAUCUUAAACAAAGACGUAAAAAAGACUAUAAUUUUUCUUGGGAAUCAGCUUUACAAGUAAACGGAGAUACAGGUAUAAAAUUACAAUACACUCAUUGUCGUUUAGAGAGUUUAAUUGAAGUAAAUUCAAAUUUAGCUCUACCUUUUCAAGUAAAUGCUGAGUAUCUAAAAGAUCCUAUAGCUAUUGAAUUAAUCAUAGAAAUAUGUCGAUAUGAAAAUAUUUUAAAUGAAACCAAAAAUAGUUUGGAAGCUUGUAUUCUAGUAAAUUAUUUGUUCAGGUUAUGUAACUGUAUAAAUAAAGCAUUAAAAAUUUUGAAUGUUAAAAAUUCAUCUGUUGUAUAUGCUGAACAAAGACUACUAUUAUUUUAUCGGGCUAAAAGUGUUUUAAGUUCUGGUAUGGAAAUUUUAGGAUUAAUGCCAUUAAAGUCUAUGUAAUUUUUUUAAAAAUUAUUUAAAUAUACGAUAUUUUUCUGAAUUAUA